UCCAAGCUGAUAGGAUGGUCCCUGAUAGCCAGCAUCAUGACUGUGGCACUGAUUUCAACACGUGUCAGCCGCUGCUGCUCCCCGGUUAGCUAUCUUCAGCUCAAGUUCUGGAAAAUUUACUUGGAAAAGGAUCAGGAGCUCUUUGAGAUCAAGGCUAAAGAGCAUGCAACCAAGCUGGCAGAAAAAAACACAAAUUGCUCUUUUGAGGCCACUGACCCAGCGCCGUUUCAGACUCCCAGCAAUGAAGACUGGAAGAAGAUUUCAUUCUUGUAUACCUUCAGUUCACAAGAGCAGUAUUACGGCACGAUACACAAGUACAUCAACACAAACAGAGGCAAAAGCACCAAAUUUGGGGAAGGAGAGCAGAAUCCCCCAGGUUUAGGAUUUGUGGAUGAAGUAAACGCAAGUGAAUCAGGGUUUUAAUGAAGCAAAUCCUUUGCAACACUGGCGGUCUUUUAACCUUACUGAUAUAAGAAGAGUCUUAUUCUGUGCUCUUAUUGGAAUCUAUGGGAAUUGUAUGUAAAAGCUGAUAAUUGUAACCCUCAGCAGAUUUCUUUUUAAAUACACUUUAUUACUUUUGCUUAAGUACGUUUAAAUAAAUAAACACAUCUGUCAUGAUGGGAGUUUUUGAAUGUUGUUGUUCAUUAAGAAGAGCCACACGUGUAAAAUAAUCAGCAUCCACGAAGAUGUCAGCAUGUACUACAUCAAAUUAUUACCAAAUAUCUUAAGGGCUUUUGGCAGCUAGGGUGACAACACCAAACCUUUGUACCUGGUAGUACCAAAGAGACAAAAAGGAAUGGAGGUUUUGAUCGUAAAUUCAGCUUAGUUUAUUAGCUCUCACUUGACUUUAUUUUCUGUCAAUUAGUUUCUCAAGGCAAGAAUCAUAUCCUUUAAAAUCUGGGAAGCAAUUAGCAUUUUGGACCUGCCUGUGCAUAACAAAGGAGUCCAUCAGAACAACUUCAGCUGCUUAUCAGUUUGAAUAGAUAAGCAAAAAGAUUCUAGCCACUUUACCCUAUCUACUCAGCAGCUUUGAGUAAUAACAGUGAAACCAAAAACCUUCAUAGUGGUGAAUUUUCUCUACCACUGCUUGAUCUUGAUCACCUCUUGCAGCAGGUCUUCUUAAUUAGCUCUACAGCUCAUUUCCUGUAAUUGUAAAGCUCUUUGAUGGGAAAAAAAUAGAUAAUUGAAUGCUGCAGGGAAAACACACCAACAAUAAACUUCAUGGGUUUAUUCCAUUCAUAUAUUUUUUUUCCUGAAAAAAAUACAUAAUUAUUAUGGGGUUUUUUUUAAUAUAUAAUAUUACAUAUAGGGUUUUGGCCCUGGCAUAAGUACCUAAGCUACACCUGGAUGUCCCUGCCCAAUACACCAUUUAACUCGAUCCAGAAUGGGUUCUAAGUGCAAAUUAUCAUGUCUUGAAGGGUUAGGCUUAUGCAUAACAUGGAAGUAUAGGUGAAGCUUAUAUUGACAAACAUUUAUAACACAGCUACGUACUUAAGGACCUUAUAAAUCCACGAUCCAUAUUAUCAAAUAAUAAUGUUCUUAUCAAAGAACAUCUAAUGAUAAGAAACAAAAAUACCAGUUUUGUACAAAGAAUGAUAAAGUUUAGUUUUUCUCUGAAAAGCCUGUUUUUACAGAUCAUUUUAGAGAGGUGAGUCAAAUUGUUUGGUCCAGGUUGUCCUUUCAGUCCUCCCAGAAACCUUCCCUUUCUAGACAGUAAAUUCUAACUUGGAAACUAUUCAGACAGACAGAGAGGAAUCCCACGAGGUUCUUUGUUACAGUAAUUUUCCAUGAAAGAAGGAAGGGAAGAGCCUAUUUUAACUAUCUGAAUAUAACUAGCUUGGAAGCUUCAUUCUUAUUAUAA